AUGACUCCCCGGACACCAUCGUCUUAUGACGAUUAUACGGUCGGAUGGAUCUGCGCCUUGCCCUUAGAGAUGGCAGCUGCGAAAUUGAUGUUGGACGCAAUACACCCAAGUCUACCUCAGCCGUCGGCAGAUAACAAUACAUAUGUCCUCGGAAAUAUUGGUCAUCACAACAUUGUUAUUGCCUGUUUACCAAGUGGUGCAUAUGGCAAUAUCUCAGCUGCAACGGUUGCAAUGCAGCUGCAGUCCAGUUUUCACUCAAUAAAAUUUGGUCUAAUGGUCGGCAUCGGUGGGGGAGUACCUAGCAGCAAUGCAGAUAUUCGACUGGGUGACAUUGUGGUGAGCCAGCCGGCGCAUACAUCUGGGGGUGUUAUUCAGUUCGACCUUGGAAAAGCGUUAAGCGGCGGUCAGUUCCAGCGAACAGGAAUGCUUAACCGGCCACCUAAAGCUCUGUUGACCGCGCUCUCUGCAUUACAAGCAUCUCAUUUCGCUGCAAGUAAUCGCAUUCGAGAAUUCCUUUCUGAGAUGCAGACCAAAACGACGCCUCAAAGCGCUGCAAACUUUAUUCGGCCAACGAAAGAAGACUACUUAUUCCAAGUGGAUUACUGCCACGAAGCAUAUACUACUUGUAUCAACUGCGAUCUAUCCAAGCUAGUUCAACGACCUACACGGCUUAACGAGGAGCCAGUCAUUCACUAUGGUCUGAUUGCAUCCGCUAAUCAGGUAGUUAAGGACAGUAGGCUGCGAGAUCUACUAGCUCGGGAACUCGGGGUAUACUGCGUGGAGAUGGAAGCUGCGGGACUUAUGAAUGACUUUCCAUGUCUAGUCAUCCGUGGCAUCUGCGAUUACGCAGACUCACAUAAGAACAAGGAAUGGCAAGGAUAUGCGGCAGCAAUAGCGGCAGCCUACGCCAAAGAACUUCUUUUGGUAGUCCCUAUCGAUCAGGUCAACCAUACUACAACGGCACGAGACCCUUUAGAAGACUCUGUUCACCGCUUUAAUGUCCCACUAGACCUUACUGCAGUGCCUACAGUCGAAAGCUUCUUAGGGCGACAAGACGAGCUGAACCAUCUAUGGCAGUACUUACAGCCAGUGAAUGCACAGUCGCGGAAAGUAGCCAUCCUUCAUGGCCUUGGAGGGAUAGGAAAGACACAGCUAGCGAUCCGCUUCGCUCGAGAUCACAAACACGAUUUCACUGCCAUUCUUUGGCUGAACGGCAAGGAUCGGCCUACCCUCCUACAAUCUUUGAGCUCCAAUCUAUCUCGCUUACCAGGGCAAUCCCAAGACAAGGAGGCAAUCAACGAAGCAGAAGUGAAGAAACGAGCGAGAGACGUCUUACAGUGGCUAGCAUUAGAGGGCAAUUCACGCUGGCUGGUCAUAUUCGAUAACAUCGACCAAUAUUCUUCCAACAAUAGCCCUGCUGACGAGGCAUACGAUAUUGGAGAAUUCUUUCCUGUAGCUGAUCAUGGUUCUAUUCUCAUUACCUCUCGCCUUCAAGAGUUGACUGAGCUAGGGAAAUCAUUCAUGAUGCAUAAACUUGACUCUGAGGAUUCAAUCCAGCUUCUUUUACAAAGCAGUCGUCUACUAUCAGCAAAGAAUACCUCUACUAAGCACGAGAGCACCCCAGGUAACGAAAUUCUCUAUACGUAUAUGAAUAUCAUGUUGAUGAAACUGACUUGGUUAGAUUUGAUUACUCUUGCAAAUCGUCUUGACGGACUACCAUUAGCGAUUGUUCUCGCCGGCGCAUUUAUGCGUCAAACUGGAACAAGCGCCAUUGAAUACUUGCAUUAUUACGAGGAGUCCUGGACUGACCUACAGUUUCAGUCAAAGCCUGGACGUCAAUAUCAACAUAACUUGCUGCAAACAUGGAUGAUCUCAUAUCGUGAAAUUGAGAGGCGAGACUCAAAUGCAGCUAUGAUGCUACUGCUACUUGCUCGAUUCGAUAAUCGAGACAUCUGGUACGAAUUGGUUAAGAAUAGCCGGUAUAGCUCAGAUCUCCCAGUCUGGCUCGACAGAGCUGUAUCAAGCAAGCUUGCAUUCAAAACUGGAGUGAGAAGUCUCAUUGAAUUUUCUUUCCUCGAUAUCAAAGAACAAGAUGGAAGCUAUGCGAUGCACCCAGUAGUUCAGGACUGGUGCCUUCAACUUGCUAGCGCAAACGGAGAACUCGUGAAUUCUAUCCAGCUUGAUGAACUUGCAUUGAUAUCGGUUGGAUGCACUGUCCCUGAGGUAAAUGACAGGAAUUAUGCAGAGCUUCAGCAGCGGCUGAUUCCACACUCGAAAUUUGUGCGUCAUCGCAAUUGCUCGGAUAGUAAUAUUGCAAUAUGGGGAGCCUUCAACGGUUUAGGCAACCUCCUUCGGAAUCAAGGCAAGCUCAAGGAUGCCGAGGAGAUGUACCGGCGAGCGCUGCGAGGCAAAGAAAAAGCACUAGGUCCGGAUCACCCUUCCACUCUCAACACAGUCAACAAUGUUGGUCUUCUCUUUAGAGACCAGGGCAUGUUGGAAGUGGCAGAAGGGAUGUAUCGGCGAGCACUAGCAGGAAGCAAAAAUAAUCCGACCCUAGGUCCAGAUCAUACUUCCACUCUUCGGAUAGUCAAUAACCUCGGGAUUCUUUACUCUGAUCAGGGCAGGCUAAAGGAGGCAGAGGAGAUGUAUCAGCGGGCACGAUUAGGUUACGCGAAGGCCCUGGGUCUACACCAUACCUACACUCUUGAUUCAGUUAACAAUCUGGCCCUUCUUUAUUCUGAUCAGGGCAAAUUGAAGCAGGCAGAGGAGAUGUUUCACCAAGCCCUAUCAGGCCAUGAGGAAUCUCUAGGCUCAGAGCAUCCCUCAACGCUUAAUAUAGUCAACAACCUUGGUCUCCUCUACUUUGACCAAGGUAGGCUAAAAGAGGCAGAGCAGAUGUUCCACCGAGCUCUAUUAGGCAAGGAAAAGGCCCUAUCAUUAGACCAUACCUCAACUCUUGAUACAGUCAAUAACCUUGGCCUUCUCUACUCGAAGCAGGACAUGCUAGAGAAAGCAGAGGAAAUGUACCAGCGAGCACUGGUAGGUAAGGAGAAGGCUCUAGGUCUAGAUCAUUCGUCUACUCUUGAUACAGUCAGCAAUCUCGGUCUUCUCUUUAGAGAUCAGGGAAAGCUGGAAGAAGCAGAGAAGAUGUUCCGCCGAGCACUGGCAGGACGUGAGAAAACCCUAGGUCUGGACCAUACGUCUACUCUUGGGACAGUCAAUAACCUCGGAAGUCUCUUCUCUGACCAAGGCAAGCUAAAGGAGGCAGAGGACUUAUAUCAGCGAGCGCUCAUCGGUUACGAGAAGACCCUUGGCCCGGAUCAUACAUCCACUCUUAAUUCAUACAAUAACCUUGGGAACCUCUAUCGAAGCCAAGGCAAGCUCAAGGACGCCGAGAAAAUGUACCAGCGAGCACAAGCAGGAAAGGAGAAGGCUCUAGGCCUAGAUCAUACGUCCACCCUUGAUACAGUCAACAAUCUCGGUCUUCUCUAUAGAGAUCAGGGCAAGCUAGAAGAGGCAGAGAAGAUAUUCCGCCGAGCACUAGCAGGACGCGAGAAGGCUUUAGGCCUGAACCAUACGUCUACUCUUGGGACGGUCAACAAUCUCGGGAUUCUCUACUCUGAUCAAGGCAAGCUCAAGGAAGCGGAAGAGAUGUACCAGCGAGCGCUGGCAGGCUACGAGCAGGCGCUGGGUCCACAUCAUACGUCCACUCUUGAUGCAGUCAACAAUCUAGCUCUUCUCUACUCUGAGCAGGGCAAAUCAAAGGAGGCAGAGGGGAUGUAUCACCGAGCCCUAGUAGGCAAGGAGAAGGCUCUUGGCCUGGAUCAUACGUCUACCCUUGAUACAGCCAACAAUCUAGGCCUUCUUUAUUAUGAACAAGGCAAAUUGAAGGAGGCAGAGGAGAUUUUUCACCGAGCCCUAGUAGGCUUCGAGAGAAUGAUAGGUCUGGAGCAUACCUCUACUCUCGGUGUAGUCAACAACCUUGCGAAUCUCUACUCUGACCAGGGUAAGAUGAAAGAGGCAGAAGAGAUGUAUCAGCAAGCGCUGGCAGGCUACGAGCAGGCACUGGGUCCACAUCAUACGUCCACUCUUAAUACUGUCAACAAUCUAGGGGUUUUCUACUAUGAUCAAAAGCAGCCGGAGAAGGCAAGGGAGAUGUUUCAGCGAGCACUCACAGGUUUCGAGAGAGUCUUUGGCCCAGAUGACUAUAGGUGUCGGGGGCUUGUAAAGAGCCUAGCUGUUUUACGCAUUUCAGAUGGAAAAUAG